CAGAAUCUAGCGAUUAGGAUGCUGACUAACAUGAUGACCUACAAUGAGUUCGGACCACAAAACCAAAAUAAAAGUCACUGAACGAUAAGGAGUGGUAGUAACCCAACUAACAUUUGGUUGUGUUUGUUUGUGUUUACGCUGGAAUUGAGUCGAAGGUUUGCGCGACCAAACUGAUCAUAGUCAGUUACCUCGUAUAGUCAGCGUUGAUCCAGCCAGCAGUAGGCACCUGUUGAACGUUUGGUUUAAGCACGUCUCAGUGUCUCUAGUGUGUGAUAAAUAUGACAUUGUUUGUUCAAGUGCGACGAUUGUUUUGAUUGAUUCCUGCUAUCUACCACUAGCGUGAUAAGAGGCUAAUUUUAAAUUCUAUCAACUGGAUUCGAGAAGGUGAUAUACGUGAUUGAUCAACAAGGCAACCAGGCAAUAAUAUUUUAUUCGUUCAACUAGAACCAUGCGACUAAUCAUCCUGGACACGUCCGACUACGUCGGUGAAUGGUCGGCCAAGUACGUGAUGAAGCGUAUCAAUGAUUUCAAAGCCGGCCCGGAUAAGUUCUUCACGCUGGGUUUGCCGACCGGGUCCACACCGCUCGGGCUGUAUCGGAAUCUAAUCAAGUUCCACAAGGAGGGUAAAAUCUCCUUCAAAUACGUAAAAACCUUCAACAUGGACGAGUAUGUCGACCUGCCACGGGAUCACCCGGAAAGCUAUCACUACUUUAUGUGGCACAAUUUCUUCAAACACAUCGACAUCGAUCCGGCCAACGUGCACAUACUGGACGGGAACGCACCGGACUUGGUGGCGGAGUGCGAUGCCUUCGAGAGUAAGAUUAAGGCGGCCGGUGGAAUUGAACUGUUCAUUGGAGGAAUCGGACCGGAUGGACACAUAGCAUUUAACGAGCCCGGAUCGUCGCUGGUUUCGAGGACUCGGGUGAAAACGUUGGCGCAGGAUACGUUAGAGGCGAAUGCGCGCUUUUUUGGAAAUGACAUUAGCAAGGUUCCGAAGCAGGCACUUACCGUUGGCGUGGGCACUGUGAUGGAUGCCAGGGAGGUGAUGAUUUUGAUUACCGGUACACACAAGGCUUUCGCCCUGUAUAAGGCGAUCGAGGAGGGAGUGAAUCACAUGUGGACCGUUAGUGCCUUCCAGCAGCACCCGCACACGAUAAUGAUUUGUGACGAGGAUGCUACGCUGGAACUUAGGGUAAAGACGGUCAAGUAUUUCAAGGCACUUAGUAAUGUUCAUCACAAACUGAUCGAAGACGAUACUAACGACGUGCGAAUGCGGAAAUAAGAACCGGUCACCAUGCCCGAUACUGUCCCUAAUCUACUUGCAAAUGCUAUACUUCCUGCAUUUCGUCGGAACUAUCCUAACACCAAUCAACCUCAAAUGGAUUCGAAGUUGUCCUUCCAGUGAUAAAACCGAAUGCGAUACUUUUGUGUCACCACCACCAGAGACAGUUUCCAUACCAGAAGAUCAAACAUCAAACGGUAAAUUCGGCUACUCAGCUGCCGAUCAUGGCAUUCGUCUACCAAAAAGGGCAUAUUUGAGUGGGCGUCAGCCAGCUCCUUUCCUAAACGCAAAUGUGUCGGCCGUUGGUAGUGUAAGGGUGAACAAAACAGACAGACAUAAUAAAAAUUGCGACAUAGAUAUCAGUUGGGUUUUGUUCGGUCACCCAAGAAGGACACUCAUAGGCGUGAAAUCAGAUUCCUACUCCCAGCACUCCUUGUCCCCCACUCAUCACAAUAUGCGCUUUCGUUUGGGUUUGUGGUAGUGUUCAGCGGUAACCGAAGGUAAAGGUCAACUGGACUGCACAUCGGUGCUUAAUACUAGAUGUUUGUCACUAACAUGACACCAGCCGGCACGCUACAGGACACCGAACAGCAUACAUAUGUACACACGCACAACAGUUGUGCGACGAUCCUUUUUCAAUUGAUAAACUUUUCCCAUAGCGAGAAAGAAAUCAUUCUUCCGUUUUUCUUUUGUGUUUUUCCUAAAUGUUUACAACCUACGAUACCCGAAACAGGACUGCUACAUUUUGGCCUCCGCCAGUGGGAACGAUAUCGAAGGAGCUACCCGGUCAAACUGAUGAUUCACAGUUAGAAAAAGGAGCAGCCGGAGUGUGAUUGACCUUUACCGUUGGUUGCCGGUGAAUUGUGCUGCAGAGCCCCGUGCCCGUGGGUGGUUGCGCGGUUGGAUGAAGGGGGUGUACAGGUUGAGGAGAGAAAGUGAGCGUGUAGCUGCCCUUUUUUGGUUUUAUGUUUCGUAAAUCACAUCUUAGUACUAAUUAAUUUGUUUCCAACUGCGAUUGGAACGACUUCCUGUUUUCUUUUUCUGUCCCAACUCUAACACAGAGCCUGUACGAUGUUCAUUCAAAGCUGAUUGAAGGUGCGUAACACUGGCAACAAAUUGGCGACUAAGAAAUGGAGUACUUUUUCUCCCAACGGCUGACACGUCACUCGAAUCCAAAGGGUAGUUUUAACAUAUUUCUCUACUUUUAUUCAAAUAUACAUCUGAUUUUUA